UAACCUCAAGAAUUCAUUUAUUCAGAUUUAUACUAGAGAAAGUAGCUGCAUAUGUUAGAAAUGUAAUACGAAAAUGUUUAUUAUUUGAGUUUUGUAAGGUAGAUAAUUCAAAGUCGACAUUCCAGAGUGACAGGUCAUAAUGGGCACCGCUGAGAAGAUGGAAGUUGAGAACAAAAAAGGCGAGGGCUACAAGCCAUAUUAUACACACAAGACAGAAAACCUGCAGGUAAUUAUAUCAGAAAAAAUGCAGGAUCUUAGACGACUCCAGGCUCAACGCAAUGAACUUAAUGCUAAAGUUCGCCUACUUCGGGAGGAGCUGCAGCUGCUGCAGGAACAGGGAUCUUACGUUGGAGAGGUAGUGAAACCAAUGGACAAGAAGAAGGUAUUAGUCAAGGUUCACCCAGAGGGCAAAUUUGUUGUUGAUCUGGAUAAAAACAUCGAUAUCAACCAGGUCACAGCCAAUGCUAGGGUAGCCCUGCGCAACGACUCUUAUACACUGCAUAAAAUUUUACCCAAUAAGGUUGAUCCAUUGGUGAGUCUGAUGAUGGUGGAGAAGGUACCUGAUUCAACCUAUGAGAUGGUUGGUGGCCUUGAUAAACAAAUCAAGGAAAUUAAGGAGGUUAUUGAGCUGCCUGUCAAACACCCAGAACUUUUUGAUGCCCUGGGAAUUGCUCAACCUAAGGGAGUGUUGCUAUAUGGUCCUCCAGGAACAGGUAAAACUUUGCUAGCUCGUGCAGUAGCCCAUCACACAGACUGUACAUUCAUCCGUGUCUCAGGCUCAGAGCUGGUUCAAAAGUUUAUUGGUGAAGGCUCAAGAAUGGUUAGAGAAUUGUUUGUGAUGGCCCGUGAGCAUGCCCCAUCCAUUAUAUUUAUGGAUGAAAUAGACUCUAUUGGAUCUUCUCGUAUUGAGUCGGGUAGUGGUGGAGAUUCUGAAGUACAACGAACAAUGUUGGAGCUUUUGAAUCAGCUAGAUGGCUUUGAGGCUACUAAAAACAUUAAGGUGAUUAUGGCAACAAAUCGCAUUGAUAUAUUGGAUCCAGCACUCUUACGCCCUGGACGUAUUGAUCGAAAGAUUGAAUUUCCUGCUCCUAAUGAAGAAGCUAGGCUAGACAUUCUCAAGAUACACUCUCGUAAGAUGAAUUUGACGAGAGGAAUAAACUUGCGCAAGAUUGCUGAGAUGAUGCCAGGAGCAUCAGGUGCUGAGGUGAAGGGGGUGUGCACAGAAGCGGGAAUGUAUGCUCUCCGAGAACGUCGUGUUCACGUCACCCAGGAAGAUUUUGAGAUGGCUGUUGCCAAGGUGAUGCAGAAGGACAGUGAAAAGAAUAUGUCUAUCAAGAAACUGUGGAAGUAAAGGAAAAUCUCCACACUUGAAUAUGUUUAAUAGGUCAUUUGAAGCUAAUUUUACAGAACUAUACUGCACUAGUGAGUCAGUGAUACUUGGGAUGGUGCAUCACAGCUGUUUAUUAUAAGCAGUUGUAUUUUAUGUACCAGUAUCUCUAGAAUGGUUCAGAAAGCGUAUCAGACCUAUUUAUUGUAUAUUUCAUUAUAGCUGCGUAAGGUUAGUUUUGUGCUUUGUCUCAGAAUUGUUUUACAGGUUCUGUAUAUCAAACCUCAAAUUUUACAAUUAUUUUGUUACAUAAUUGGUUAAUGAUAACUUUAGGAAAUAAAUUUUUGAUAAAAC